CGUAUGAUAAACCUCACAGAGUUGACCCCUUACAUCCUGUGCUCCAUCUGCAAAGGUUACUUUAUUGAUGCUACAACUAUUACAGAAUGUCUGCACACCUUUUGUAAAAGCUGCAUAGUGAGACACUUCUACUAUAGCAACAGAUGUCCCAAAUGCAAUAUUGUUGUACAUCAGACACAGCCCCUUUAUAAUAUCAGACUGGACCGGCAACUGCAAGACAUCGUCUAUAAAUUAGUUGUCAAUUUGGAGGAAAGAGAGAAAAAACAAAUGCAUGACUUCUAUAAAGAAAGAGGAUUAGAAGUGCCCAAACCAGCUGUCCCACAGCCAGUUCCAGUGAGCAGAGGAAGACCUCGAAAAGUUCUGGGCUCUGUGUUCCGGAUCCCACCAGAACUUGAUAUCUCCAUACUUCUGGAGUUCAUUGGGUGA